CGUCAUGAUGUCUCUCGUGCUGAAUUUGAGGCAAGUCGACACGACCAAGGGGAUCCCUAACGGCUGGUCUAUCUUCAACCUCACCCGGCAUCGAGGCUGUGAUCGUAGCAUAUAGGGCUGCAGGUCCCAUCAUCUCAGGAUCGCAGUGUAACGCAGUCGAGAAGCGAGUCCGACCCGGAGUGAGAUGACGAGGUCGUACAGUCUGGUGGCGGAGUGCGCAACAUUGGGGCUGGCAGAAAGUACGACGGCCGCUCUCACCUGUGGACGACAACACAUAGAGAGAGGAUGCGUUUGUACUGCGACCUCAAUCGCUCCGUUGGAGACAUGUACAGAAGUUGGCAGGCCAUGUCAUAAGGCACGCCUGCACGUGUGGUUUUUGUCUGCACCCACUUACACAAAGCAGGGCUCGCCACCCGAGAAAAGCUCCCAUCAUGUCUCUCGACAAGGCGGAGUGGAGGUGGACCCAUCAAGAGACAUGGAAGAAUGCGUGAAUCCAAGAUGACAUCGGUGACAUACACAGUAGCCGCAAGAACCUGGAGGCCUAUUCUUCACCGCCAGUCUUGGUAGUGCCUUUUUGUUGCUGCUGGUAC